UUUUCAACGUUGGUAUUGCAGAUUCAGCAGUUUUAGAAUUUGAACACUAGGUGUAGAUGCUGUUAAAAGAAAUACCUACGUUUCUUGUUUCAGUGGCUUCAUGGUAUUUACAAGUUUACACAUCAUAUCAUAAUCAUUUUGUUUGUUGCGUAAUACAUUGCAAAGUAAGAUAACAAUAUUACCUUAUUGUGUGAUUUUUCUGUGCUAAUUUAAUUAAAUACAUCCGUUGAUAUUUUAAAAGAUGGCUUCUUCUGGGGAGAAUAAGGAGAAAACAUACCCACUGCACAAAAUAAUAAAAUCCAGAAAUAUCCAUAAGAUGAAAAUAAUACUACCAGUAAUAAAAGAUAUCAAUGAAAAAAACGACAUAGGAUAUCCUCCAUUGGUAUAUGCUUGUGAGCAAGAGGACAACGAUCAAAUGUUAGAACUUUUGAUUGAACAGCCACGACUUGAUCCCUUAGUCACGGAAACAAGAGAAAUGCAAAAUGCUUUGCAUAUACUUGCAUUCAAAGGAAAACUUAUGUGGAUAAAAAAUAUAUUCAAGAAAUUUCCUCAUGUACCAGUGGAUUGUGUAACAAAGAAAGGAAAUACUCCAUUAAUAAUGGCUGCCAAAAUGGAUCAUGUUGAUGUUAUAGAAUAUCUGCGUGAGAAAGGGGCGAAUGUUAAUUAUACGAAUGACAAAAAAUACACUGCCCUCCACUAUGCUGCCAAUAACGGCUACAUCAAAUCAACCAAAAAGCUGCUUGAGCUUGGUGCAAAAAUUGAUGCCAGAGAUGACCGUAAAUGCACACCAUUAAUAAAAACCUGCUCUUGGAAUUUUUUGGAAACCUGCAAAAUUCUUGUACACAAUGGCGCUGAUGUUGACGCAGUUGAUGCAAUAAGUGUUAGUAGUUUAUCUCACGCUGCAAAAAGGGGAUAUAUCGAAAUUGUUAAAUUUUUACUUCAAGAAGGCGCCAAUCCAAAUAGUGUCUCAAAAGAUAUGUACAAUAAUAUUUAUACGCCUCUUGUUAAUGCUUGCAAGUUGAAAAACGUUGUUUUAUUGAAAAUCCUUAUAGAAAAUGGGAGCGAUGUCAAUAUUCCAGGAAAUUAUUCCGCGGCAUUGUUCCAGUGCAUCAAAGUAGGCUUUUAUGAUGGAGUAGUCGAAUUGGUUAAAGCUCGUGUAGAUCUUCGUGGAAGAUAUCGUCAAAAUGGAAAAACUCCUUUUGAACAUGCUACAAAAAAUAAGCAACACCAGAUAGCUUCAUAUAUUCAAAGAAAUUUAUAAUUAUUUUUUAAAUUUUUUUAUUGUUAGUAUAUAAUAGCUUAUAAAAAAAAAUGUUUAAUUUUUAUUUUAAGCCAUAAAAUUCUAUUAUUUUGUGAGUAUGAUGUAAUCAUUAAGGUUUUAAACACAAUAAAUAUGUUAAUUUUUCAUUUUAAGGUGGAAGUUUAAAUUUAACCUAUUUAGACUUCUGAGCCGUUACAUAUAGGUCAUUCACUGAAUUUACACCCAUAUCGGAUUAAGAAAUAAAUGAAAGAUUUUACUGGUCAGUUGUAUUUUAAACAUUUACUCAUGGGUGGCGUUAUUUUGUAUAUUGCAAGGGGUUCUUAUAGAAACAAAAUAAAUAUAAAUUUUAGGUAUUUAAUUUUGCCUCAGAAAGCUUAAAAGAGAUAGAGGAAAGCGAAAAAAGAUAGUUACCCCUCCAAAUUCUCCCCCUCUUCCUCUGCUACGCCUAAAUAGUAGACAAAAAUAGAAAAAAUAGAAGAAAAAAACUACACAUUACUAGGUUGUCAUUUUAACCAAAUUCUAUUAUUAUAUAGUCAAUAUAGACUUUCAAUAUCAAUGUGUAUAUUUAUUUUAAAACCAAAAAAAGGAUUAUUUUUAAUUUAUUUUCUUUUUGCAACUGGUGACAUAAUGAAUUUUUCUAAACCAGUUAUGCAACUGAUUACGUAAAGUUCAUUUUUACACUUGCUGCGAUUACAAAAAAAUGUCACUUUAUAUGUCAAGAUUAGAAAAAUAUAUUUAUAAAAGUUUAAAAAAAAAAUUUUAAUUUAGGAAAACAAAAUGAAAUGGCACGUCAUCACUAAUUUAGCCUAUUCUAAUUUUUAAAUCCUUAGAACUUUUGUCGGGUUUCUGAUGAACUGGUCUCGUUGUUGUCAGCACAGGUGCGGCUCGCCAUAUUUAUACGCGCCUUAAUAUUCAUGUUCAUAAUAAUUUUGUUUCCUGCUUAUUACAUUACCCAUUAAGAUAAGAUAGUAUUACUUAUUUUUUAUCUGAUUUUUCUGAAUGUAUAGUUUUUGGUAUAAAAAUGUAGGUAAAUAAUGAAAUAAAUCCGUUGAUAUUUUAAAAGAUGUGCUCUUCUGGGGAAUAUAAGGAGAAAACUUACCCCUUGCACAAAAUAAUAAAAUCUAGAAAUAUCCAUAAAAUGAAAAUAAUACUACCAGUAAUAAAAGACAUCAAUGAAAAAAACGACAUAGGAUAUCCUCCAUUGGUAUAUGCUUGUGAGCAAGAGGACAACGAUCAAAUGUUAGAACUUUUGUUUGAAGAGUCAAACUUAGAUCCUCUAGUUACAGAAACAGAAGAUAUGCAAAAUGUUUUGCAUAUACUUGCAUUCAAAGGAAGGCUUGUUUGGAUAAAAAAGGUAUUCGAAAAAUUUCCACAUGUACCAGUGGAUACUGUUACAAAAAAAGGAAGUACUCCAUUAAUAAUGGCUGCCAAAAUGGAUCAUGUUGAUGUUAUAGAAUAUCUGCAUGAGAAAGGUGCGAAUAUUAAUCAUACGAAUGAAAAAAAGUUCACUGCUCUCCACUAUGCUGCCAAUAACGGCUACACCAAAUCAACAAAAAGGCUACUUGAGCUUGGUGCAAAAAUAGAUGCCAGAGAUGACCGUAAAUGUACACCACUAAUAAAAACCUGCUAUUGGAAUUUUCUAGAAACCUGCAAAAUUCUUAUACAGAAUAGCGCCGAUAUUAACGCAGAAGAUAACUUGGGUGUUAGUAGUUUAGCUUAUGCUGCAAAAUUUGAACACACUGAAGUGGUUAAAUUUCUACUUCAAGAAGGCGCAAAUCCAAAUACCGUCUCAAAAGAUACAUAUAAUCAUGUAUAUACGCCGCUUAUUAAUGCUUGCAAAAGGAAAAACAUUGUUUUAUUGAAAAUCCUUAUAGAAUAUGGGAGCGAUGUCAAUAUUCCAGGAACAUAUUCUCAAGCAUUGUUUCAGUGCAUCAAAGUAGGCUUUUAUGAUGGAGUAGUAGAAUUGCUUAAAGCUGGUGUGGAUAUUUGUGGAAGAAAUCCAUAUAAUCGAAAAACUCCAUUGGAACACGCUACAAAAUUGAAAAAACACCAGAUUGCUUCAUUAAUUCAGGAACAUUUAUAA